AAUCUUUUUUUUUUUAAAUCAGAAAUACAUGUAGCAUAUCACCACUUGAAGUUAUGAAAUCAAUACAACAUGUAUUUUUCUUCAUUGGCAUCCAUCAGUUAAGUACAUGUAUUUUAUUCAAUACUCAUGUAGUAUAUUUGCACUAAUUUAUAAACAAUGAAUAUGAUAUGCUUGUGAGAAUGGGUCAAAAUGUUCAAGAUUUAUUUUGUUAAAUUUUGCGAUUUUAACAUGAUUGCUUUGUUGCUGAAAUAUAUUAUGAGUACUUUCCAAAAAGGAAUUACGAAAAAUAUCUUUUUUGAAUCCAACAGAUUCUCAAAAUCGUUAGGAAUUUAUCUAUAGCAAAAAUAACGAGUUCACUGAAAAAUACAAUACAGUGGUGGAUAUAGAGAGGCGUUGGGGGAUUGUUAUCCCAUCCCAGUUGAACAGUUUUUCAAAAAAGGUCAAUUUGGUGUCUUUAAUCCCUCACCUUUCAUGGAAAAAUGGUACAAUCUUGGGUCACCCCCACCCCUUCCCCAUUUGAAAAUUUUCUGGAUCCACUCCAGCAUUAUCUAAGAGACAUUUCUUCUCAGAUAAGACCUCUUAUGGGCCAAGAGUUAAAUUCUGAACUGAUAUAUACCUGACACGUGACCAAGUGAUAUCUCAACGAUCAUUACGUGAUUCUUGCUACUCUGUAUAUUUCUAAAAGAUGUUAAAACAUUUUUUGUUCCUUGUAUUGGUCAAUACAGUUCACUGCCAAGAAAAUGUGCUGGACGUUGCAAAGAAAUUUGGAGCAAAUAAACUCGUGGAAUUCCUUCAGGACGUUGAAUUAAGUAGUGUUCUUAAGGGCAAAGGUCCAUUCACCAUUUUUGCUCCGACAGACAAAGGCUUCAAUGACCUUCCAGGUGCUGACUUGGAGAAGCUAACGAAAGACAAGGCACUCUUGAAACAAGUUUUGUCUUUUCAUGCAGCGAGCGGUCUUAAAAUGUCAAACGACCUUAAAAACGACGAAGUUCUUCCAAGUCUGGACGACCCUGAACAAAUAAGAAUCAACAUAUAUGACCAAGCUGUUUAUGCAACGGGAUGCAAAGUGAUCUUACCCGAUAAAACAGCCUCCAACGGCGUAGUUCACAUGCUGAACAAAGUUAUCUACCCUGUUCCUACCGAUAACGUCGUGACUUUCGCGUCAACAACCCCGGAGCUCAGCACUUUAGUGUAUGCUGUUAUUCGUGGAAAUUUACAGAAGACGUUAGCUGAGGGUCCAUUCACCGUGUUCGCACCAAAUAAUGCGGCUUUCCAGAAACUUCCUCCCGGGAAACUUAGCGACUUGCUUAGCAAUGAGACAGCUCUAGUAGAUCUCCUGACUUAUCAUGUCGUGCCUGGGACGUUCUAUAGUGGAGGUCUGAGUGAUGGAAUGGAGGUACCUACGGUUCAAAAGUCGGAUGUCAGAAUCAGCAUUAAUGGGGGCGUGGUGAAGGUUAACGAUGCGACAGUAAGUGAAGCCGACAUUAGCGUCACAAACGGCGUGAUCCACGUCAUCGACACCGUGCUAACGCCGGCAUCUUAAGGUGUCAUUGUAAAGACAUCUAUACUUUUAUUCUUAAAAACAAUUUGUGAUUUAUAGGUUACAUUAAAAUGAAUACUAUUUGAAA